UGGUCUGUUUCAGCUCUUCUCUGCUUGAACAGCUGAUUAUUUCAAUCCGAAUAAAAUUCAAAUUUGUAAGUAAAAAUCCGACAAAGUGUGGCUGGAAAGUGUUUGUCAAAUGCGACGAGGUCGACACUUUGGGUCUCGCUCUCCUGACGAAAUUAGCCAGCACAAGUGGAAUUGUGGAGUAUGAGAUACGUAAAUUGUGAUAUUUACAUGCAUCAAUCACACAAAGUUGACUAGGUAUAGCGACAUCUUAAAAAUGAAUCAAUUUCUGCAGUCGACCUUCUCAAUUCUGCAUUUCGUAAGGCAUAAGCUAAGUUUGGAAUCUGGUAACGGAUUUCACCCCAAGGAUAGAAAGUAGGAAAUAGGAACGGGCAGGAUGAGAGAUCACGAAUAAGCUAUUCUGCCCUUGUUGGGGUAGUUGCUGUUGCAGUGAGUACAGUUGGCAGAGUGACGCCCAAUUCAUCGAAGAAAUGCACACCUGACUAGAACAUACAACACUGUGACGGAAGAGACACUGGUGAUAAUAUUAUUCCACAAGCCAGAAUCCAGGCUCUAUUUGCCUCUCAUAAGUUUCCUAUAGUUACCUGCAUACAUUCAUGAUAGCCGACCCUAACCAGCCAGCCACCUUCAUUCCUUCCUACCUUCGGCAGCAGCCUCUACCAGCCCUCGAAGUCUUUCUUCUCUCAGUUAGUACGUUCUGCGCUGUUGUUCUCUAUUUCUUCUGCUACGUCGUCUCCUUCUCUUCGUUGGGUGGCCUCAGCUGCGACGGCAAAUCAUCUGCAGAAUUGAGAAGAACUUGGACGAAGCUUGAUUAACAGCUGCGUCCUGGUGCACACAUUGCCGUAUUCCGUUGUUUAGGAGGUCUUUUGCGCUGUCUCAGCUAAGUUCCGAGGGACAGGCAGAAGAGCUGGCUUCUUUAAGUAGUGAAGUCAGUAAGGCCGGCUCCAGCAUGGCAAGGAAGAAGAAGAUGAAAUGGCAAUCCAAAGGCCCGAACUUUUCAUCGAAGGAUGGUAGCACGACUAUGAACGUGGAUGGAGACGAGGACAACGGAAGCGACGGCGGAGAAGGGGAGAAUGCUGCAGGAUCGGAUGUAGUUGUGUCACCGUCUGGGGAUUCCGAACCCACAAGCGCCGAUUACUACUUCGACUCGUACGCGCAUUUCGGUAUUCAUGAAGUGAGUAUCAUCUUCUUGCCGCGUACUCCCGUAUUCUCUCUUUUGUGGCCCGUUUUCGAGCGCGUUCUUUUUGAUACGAAGGGUGUUUUGUAGAAGGUUGAGUAUAUGUCACCAUGGAUCAACGGAGAGUCAAAUCACUGACUCUUGAUCCAAGGGAAAUGAUCAAGGACACUGUGAGAACGAAAACCUAUCAGAAUGUUAUAUAUCAAAACCAGUUCCUGUUUAAAGACAAGAUUGUCCUUGACGUGGGAGCUGGAACUGGUAUCUUGUCCCUGUUUGCUGCGAAGGGAGGCGCCAAACAUGUCUAUGCUGUGGAGUGCUCUUUGAUGGCCGAUACGGCAAGGGAAAUUGUUCGUGCGAAUGGAUACAGUGAUGUGAUCACUGUACUCAAGGGUAAGGUUGAGGAAAUUGAGCUGCCAACGCCCCACGUGGACGUCAUAGUGUCCGAGUGGAUGGGCUACUUUCUUCUAUUUGAGAACAUGCUGAACACAGUUCUCUACGCACGGGACAAGUGGCUGGUGCCGAAUGGAGUGGUCUUACCUGAUAAGACUUCUCUAUAUCUGACAGCCAUUGAGGACGCAGAUUACAAGAACGAGAAAAUGGACUUUUGGAACUCUGUCUAUGGGUUUGACAUGAGCUGCAUAAGGAAGCAAGCAAUGCUGGAACCAUUGGUUGAUACCGUCGACGCCAAUCAGAUCGUGACGCACUCACAACUUUUGAAGACCAUGGACAUCAGCAAGAUGAGCUCCGGGGAUGCAUCUUUCUCAGCUCCUUUCAAGUUGGUUGCUACAAGAAAUGACUUCAUCCACGCUUUCGUUGCCUACUUCGAUGUUUCUUUCUCGAAAUGCCACAAGGCCACAGGCUUUUCCACAGGACCGAAGUCGAGGCCCACGCAUUGGAAACAAACAGUGAUGUACCUGGAGGACACUAUCACCAUUUGCGAGGGAGAGGCGCUCACCGGAAGUCUUAGUGUUGCACCCAACGCAAACAACCCACGAGAUCUUGAUGUUACAGUUCAGUAUUCCUUUAGCGGAAAGAGGUGUCAAUGUUCGAGAACCCAACACUACCGAAUGCGAUGAUGUCUCUGAAGCUCGUGAGGGUAGUUCAUAGUGGUUCAAUUGUAGGUUAGUUGUCGCUCGAGCUUCUCGGCCCUGGUACACGGUAUACUAAUUUUGUGGUUCAAGUGUAUCUGCAUUAGUUGCUAACAGGGUACGAAACCGGGCAAUAAAUUCCUUCAUAUCAUCGUCACUAUUUUCUUUGAUAGAUUUAUCCGAUCAAAAUCGAUCUCUUUGUCGGAUGUGUUGACACGCGUUCACCCAAGGUGUGAACCUAAUUUCACUCGGACUUUGAAGUAUUAUUAAGUCCAUCCUGUCAGUGAACAAGGGUCUCCAUCGAAGGUAGUUCCUGUCAGGACAGUAAAGUCAGGAGAACUCUCUGUUGAAAUUCAGCAAGCCCCUUGUUUGGGAUGAAUUCCAUGUUAGGUCUGCUGGACAGACGAGCUCCGCGCACUUGUUCUUUGUGUCUCCUGCUGUAUUCAUUCGACUUGUCUUCUGGGAAGAGUCCGUGCUAAGAUGUUUG